UCAUCACCAAGGCGCAUCAAAUGGCCACGGCAAUGCCGUCCUUAGUGGGUGUCGCUGUCGACUCAUCGUCGAUUCCGAUGCCUCGUUCGGACCACUCCUUGUCUUUCCUUGGCAACGCAUCUAUUAAAAAGGAGGGUGUUUUCCUAAGUGCUUCCUUCACACGAUCACAGUCUCAGUUUCCUGAUUAAUCUCCAUAUCCAAAACGAAUUAAGCCUUCGCGCCCUUCGUUCCCCGAGGAAUUCGUCUGGAUCAACGAUGGCCGAUUGGGCUCCGGUUUUUGUCGGGGUGUUCCUGUUCGUGAUCCUUUCGCCGGGCCUGCUGUUUCAGUUGCCGGGGAAGGGCCGGCCAAUCGAGUUCAACAGCAUGCAGACGAGCGGGGUCUCCAUCCUCGUUCACACCAUCAUCUUCUUCGGCCUCAUCACCGUCAUCCUCAUCGCUAUCGGCCUCGAGAUCAACUUCGGAUGACAUGACACGGGAUCACGAUUUUUUUCCACCGGUCGAAUCGGUACAUUUGCUAUGCUUUUUUGGCGUUAAAUGUCCUUGCGACUAGCAUUUGGACAUUUUUCUUGCCAAAUGCUUUUCGCAUGGCUAUUUGUGGAAGGGCAAAAAUAGAUUCAUUUGUUGGUUGUGCGACAAAGAAUAUUUAUAAUUACUAAA